AUCUACUGAUCAGUCGCCAAAAUGCUCCGAAUCCUGUUUUCAUGUCUGAUGCUUAUCAGUCGAGUGGAGAGUAACUGGGAAGCUAAAAACAGUAACCCAUCUGGUGCAAAUCUGGGAUUCAGUCUCAUCAAUAUGACAUGCAACGACGCUAUGGAUUUGUGUCAACACUAUUUUAUUCUGCCCCUCUAUAGUCACAAGGUCUUAGCAGUUUUCGAAUACACGAAGAACCCUUACAAACUCCAGGUCGGUGUUCGAGAAGGGAUACAAAGCAGAGACUGGAGAUUUUUCCAGGACGACUGUGAUGGGAAGUAUCGAUGGUGCGAAUCCGUCGACUCUGAAGCGAGUUGGGACUACGACGAAUCGUGGAGAUACACGAUUUGCUUCGAAAACUCCUUUGAUGAUAUUUCGAUACCCGAAGGAUGCGCUAAGCCGCUUGCCGUCGUAACUUAUGACAGUCAUCAUUACGAUGACAAAGUGCGCGGUCAGCAGAUGCUGCUCUGUCUGCCCUAGUUUGCAUGGUUGUAAUCAAAUCAUCACAGGUCAUAGUAAGCAGGAAUGU